UAGUAUUUAAGAAGAUAGUAGGUAUCUGUAUACCUGAAGGCAAGGAGAUUCUACAGCAUUAUGAAAUACUUCCCAGACAGAUUUAGGUGUUGAAAUUUUUCCAGAAGGGUAUUCUUGGAAAACAAUCAGGAUGAAGAGAAAAAAACUGAUCCUGUUCAUACUGAGUAGCAUUCUGCAAAUCUCAUUUGGACAAUCAAGCACUUUCAUCUUACCAACCAUUGACACAACUGAAGAUUUCACAUCAGAGCCACCAUCAACUUCUCCUUCAACAUCAGAUACAGAAAUCACAAUGGAAACAUCAACAGAUGUUACAUUAGAACCACCAUCUAGUUCACCAUCAGGUUCAAGUACAGAAAUCACACUGGAAACUUCAACAGGUGUUACAUCGGAGCCACCAUCAACUUCUCCUUCAACAUCAGAUACAGAAAUCACAAUGGAAACAUCAACAGAUGUUACAUUAGAACCACCAUCUAGUUCACCAUCAGGUUCAAGUACAGAAAUCACACUGGAAACUUCAACAGGCAUUACAUCGGAGCCACCAUCAACUUCUCCUUCAACAUCAGAUACAGAAAUCACAAUGGAAACAUCAACAGAUGUUACAUUAGAACCACCAUCUAGUUCACCAUCAGGUUCAAGGACAGAAAUCACACUGGAAACUUCAACAGGUGUUACAUCAGAGCCGACAUCAACUUCUCCAUCAGAAUCAACUAUACCUUUCAUACCAGAAACAUCAACAGGCAUUACAUCAGAGCCACCAUCAACUUCUCCAUCAGAAUCAACUAUACCUUUCAUACUGGAAACAUCAACAGGCAUUACAUCAGAGCCAACAUCAACUUCUCCAUCAGGCUCAACUGUACCUAUCAUACUGGAAACAUCAACAGGCGUUACAUCAGAGCCAACAUCAACUUCUCCAUCAGGCUCAACUAGACCUAUCAUACUGGAAACAUCAACAGGCGUUACAUCAGAGCCAACAUCAACUUCUCCAUCAGGCUCAACUAGACCUAUCAUACUGGAAACAUCAACAGGCGUUACAUCAGAGCCAACAUCAACUUCUCCAUCAGGCUCAACUAGACCUAUCAUACUGGAAACAUCAACAGGCAUUACAUCAGAGCCAACAUCAACUUCUCCAUCAGGCUCAACUAGACCUAUCAUACUAGUAACAUCAACAGGCGUUACAUCAGAGCCAACAUCAACUUCUCCAUCACGAUCAACUAUACCUGUCAUACUGGAAACAUCAACAGGCAUUACAUCAGAGCCAACAUCAACUUCUCCAUCAGGCUCAACUAGACCUAUCAUAUUGGAAACAUCAACAGGCGUUACAUCAGAGCCAACAUCAACUUCUCCAUCAGGCUCAACUAGACAUAUCAUCCUGGAAACAUCAACAGGUGUUACAUCAGAGCCACCAUCAACUUCUCCAUCACGAUCAACUAUACCUGUCAUACUGGAAACAUCAACAGGCAUUACAUCAGAGCCAACAUCAACUUCUCCAUCAGGCUCAACUAGACCUAUCAUAUUGGAAACAUCAACAGGCGUUACAUCAGAGCCAACAUCAACUUCUCCAUCAGGCUCAACUAGACAUAUCAUCCUGGAAACAUCAACAGGUGUUACAUCAGAGCCACCAUCAACUUCUCCAUCAGGCUCAACUAGACCUAUCAUACUAGUAACAUCAACAGGCGUUACAUCAGAGCCAACAUCAACUUCUCCAUCAGGCUCAACUAGACCUAUCAUACUGGAAACAUCAACAGGCGUUACAUCAGAGCCAACAUCAACUUCUCCAUCAGGCUCAACUAGACCUAUCAUACUGGAAACAUCAACAGGCGUUACAUCAGAGCCAACAUCAACUUCUCCAUCAGGCUCAACUAGACCUAUCAUACUGGAAACAUCAACAGGCGUUACAUCAGAGCCAACAUCAACUUCUCCAUCAGGCUCAACUAGACCUAUCAUACUAGUAACAUCAACAGGCGUUACAUCAGAGCCAACAUCAACUUCUCCAUCACGAUCAACUAUACCUGUCAUACUGGAAACAUCAACAGGCAUUACAUCAGAGCCAACAUCAACUUCUCCAUCAGGCUCAACUAGACCUAUCAUAUUGGAAACAUCAACAGGCAUUACAUCAGAGCCAACAUCAACUUCUCCAUCAGGCUCAACUAGACCUAUCAUAUUGGAAACAUCAACAGGCGUUACAUCAGAGCCAACAUCAACUUCUCCAUCAGGCUCAACUAGACAUAUCAUCCUGGAAACAUCAACAGGUGUUACAUCAGAGCCACCAUCAACUUCUCCAUCACGAUCAACUAUACCUGUCAUACUGGAAACAUCAACAGGCAUUACAUCAGAGCCAACAUCAACUUCUCCAUCAGGCUCAACUAGACCUAUCAUAUUGGAAACAUCAACAGGCGUUACAUCAGAGCCAACAUCAACUUCUCCAUCAGGCUCAACUAGACCUAUCAUACUGGAAACAUCAACAGGCGUUACAUCAGAGCCAACAUCAACUUCUCCAUCAGGCUCAACUAGACCUAUCAUACUGGAAACAUCAACAGGCGUUACAUCAGAGCCAACAUCAACUUCUCCAUCAGGCUCAACUAGACCUAUCAUACUGGAAACAUCAACAGGCGUUACAUCAGAGCCAACAUCAACUUCUCCAUCAGGCUCAACUAGACCUAUCAUACUAGUAACAUCAACAGGCGUUACAUCAGAGCCAACAUCAACUUCUCCAUCACGAUCAACUAUACCUGUCAUACUGGAAACAUCAACAGGCAUUACAUCAGAGCCAACAUCAACUUCUCCAUCAGGCUCAACUAGACCUAUCAUAUUGGAAACAUCAACAGGCGUUACAUCAGAGCCAACAUCAACUUCUCCAUCAGGCUCAACUAGACAUAUCAUCCUGGAAACAUCAACAGGUGUUACAUCAGAGCCACCAUCAACUUCUCCAUCACGAUCAACUAUACCUGUCAUACUGGAAACAUCAACAGGCAUUACAUCAGAGCCAACAUCAACUUCUCCAUCAGGCUCAACUAGACCUAUCAUAUUGGAAACAUCAACAGGCGUUACAUCAGAGCCAACAUCAACUUCUCCAUCAGGCUCAACUAGACCUAUCAUACUAGUAACAUCAACAGGCGUUACAUCAGAGCCAACAUCAACUUCUCCAUCACGAUCAACUAUACCUGUCAUACUGGAAACAUCAACAGGCAUUACAUCAGAGCCAACAUCAACUUCUCCAUCAGGCUCAACUAGACUUAUCAUAUUGGAAACAUCAACAGGCGUUACAUCAGAGCCAACAUCAACUUCUCCAUCAGGCUCAACUAGACAUAUCAUCCUGGAAACAUCAACAGGUGUUACAUCAGAGCCACCAUCAACUUCUCCAUCAAGAUCAGCUCCACCUGCCAUACUGGAAACAUCAACAGGCGUUACAACAAUAUCACAAUCUAGCCCUUCUUCUAGAUCAACUGCAAGCAUCACAGAGAAAACGUCAAAGGUCAUCACAUCACAGUCAAAACCGACUUCUUCCAAAUUAUCUACAGUAACGCAAAUAGCAACUACUACUACAGCAAUUACUACAAAAGCAACUGCUGCAACUACAACAGCCAACAAAGCUACUACUGAAACAACAACUACUCCUAUAACUACCACCACCUCAACAACUACAACAACCACAAAACCGACUACUAAAAGAACAACUACUACUACCACCACCCCAACAACAACAACAACAACAACAACAACAACAACAACAACAACAACAACAACAACAACAGCAGCAGUUGUAGAAGAUGGUCUCCAACCAAUAAUUGAAUUGAGUAUUACUAUCAAGUAUACUUUUGUUUCAGAGCUUGGUAAUCCUCAGAGUAACGAAUUCAAAAAAUUGGCUGCCAUUAUGGCUAAAGUGUUGAAUCUAAUCUAUAAAAAGCUAUUUGGUCCUCGCUUCCUUCGGAGCAUUAUCCGAGCCUUCAGACCUCAGAACAGACGUGCAGAUGACUUUACCGAAGCAGAUGUUGAGUUGGUAUUCAACAAGAGUUCAACAGAACCUCUCCCAUCUCCUGACGAAGUCGUGAAAGGUCUCAAAGAUGUUGCAGAAAAUAACAAUACUUUCGAAGUGGAAUUUGAUGCCACCGCAAUCAGUGUCAUCAAUGAGCCACACAAGGUCCCUGUGCAAUUCCGAACAAAUGGCACUUUUGAAGCGUCUCUCUCAGAUUCUAGUUCAGAUUUAUUCACAAACAGAGCACUCAUGAUUAAAACAGGACUUAGCCCUUUUUUUGUUGCUGACUUCCCAACUGCAUUCACCAUCUUAACCAUAUCAAACUUCAGCAACGGAGUUCUUAAAGAACAGACCGAUUCAAUUAUGACCUUCAUAAACCUGUAUUUUGCUCACUCUGCUGAACUUCCCAACAACACACAAAUUGGGAAAACUAUACUCAGAGCAGCAAAUGAUACAAGCCUUCCCUUCAAGAUCUUCCUCAAUGACAUCAUAGUGAAUGGCACACCAGUAAUAUCAUCAAGUGAUGUCAGCAGCAAGAUCAAUAUGUUCAUGGCAUGCUUCAUGGUGGCUGUGUCACUUCUGUUCACAUGGUCCAGCUGAUGCUAAACCACAUCCUCCAUUCAUAAUGAGAACCAUCACUCAGUUUGACAAUCCUGUUCCUUUAAUGAAUAAUGCAAAUAUGUCUAGAUAAUUUUUAAAUAUUAUGCAUGAUUAAAAAGCACAAUUUAAAAAAAAAGCAUCAUAAGAAUAUGCACAAGGCAACCAGUAUGAAUGUGCAAGGGUAGGCUUUGAUCAGUACUCAUACCUUUAAAUAUUUUGAAUUGCUAUAAAAGUUUAUGAUGGGCAUUUUGGAAAUAAUACUUUGGUAUCAAUCCUGGAGUCAUAUUUUCAAGCAUGAUGCAAUUUUAUUGAUCACAUGAAAACAUAAGCUAAAAAGUCAAAGGCACUGUGGUUACAUGUGGUGUAUUAUUCUGUUGUAGAUUAGCAUGUAUACAGCCAUAUAAAUACACAUACAAAAAUGUUAUCUAUUGACCAGGCUUUGGUGAAGCAUGUGACAUUGCAUGCAGGGCUUAAAAUACUUGCCAUUAUCUUUUUUUGUGUCUUAAGUGACUGAGUGUUAUGCAUUUUUGCAAAUGAUUACAUAGAUAGAUAGAUAGAUAGAUAGAUAGAUAGAUAGAUAGAUAGAUAGAUAGAUAGAUAGAUAGAUAGAUAGAUAGAUAGAUAGUUUAAUGAUCCUUUGCAGGAAAUUACAAGUUACAGCAGCAUCAACCAUACUCAGGAUUCAUUCAUUCACCAUACUUAGACAAGAAUAAAUAAAUAAUAAAUAAUAAAAAAACAGAUCUAUCUACAUAACAAAGUUCACAAACUUAUAGAAAUACUAACAUUUAAAAAUACAGAAUUUAAAAAUUCAGCUAAAAAUAAUAAUAAUUCUAACCAUAAAUGCAAUAAAUAAACUAAUAACAUUAGAGUAAAAAUCUGGGGUAUUAAGUGCUGGAAUGCUGAAGUGCUAGAGUUUAUUGCACAUUGAAGAGCUUGAUGGCAGCUGGCAAGAAAGACCUUCAGUCUUACAUCUUGGUGGGAUCAGCCUGCGACUGAAGGUGCUCUCCCGAAACACCUCCAGGGCAUGAAGUGGGUGCAAGUCAUUAUUCACUAUUGCGUUCAUCUUUCUUAGCAUCCUUACUUCAGCCACCUGCUCAACCCAGUCCUGAGGGGCACCAGUGGUGGUGCUCGCCUUUUUAAUCAGUUUAUUGACUCUCUGUCUGAUGUGCAAGCAUCAACCCCCCAGCACACCACACCAAAAAACAAAGCACUGGCCACCACAGUGUUAUAGAAGGUGCACAGCAGUGGUUUACAUAUAUUAAAAGAACGCAACUGUAUUAACAAAAUAUAGUCUGCUUUGCCCCUUCUUGUAGACUGCCUCUGUGUGGCUGGACCAGUCCAACUUGUUAUCCAGCUGUAACCCAAGGUAUUUGUAGCUGGGGACCUGCUCCACCUCAGUUCCUAGUAUGAAGACAGGAUCAGGUUUGGGCCUCUUCCUCCUAAAAUCAAAGACCAUUUCUUUGGUCUUUGAAGUGUUUAGCCUCAGGUGGUUGCGCUUGCUCCAGUCCACAAAAUCCCUUAUUAUGCCCCCGUAUUCCCCCUCACAACCUCCCUUAAUGCAGCCCACAACAGCAGAGUCAUCAGAAAAUUUCUGAAGAAAACAGGUGUUUGAGCUGCAUUGAAAGUCAGACGUGUACAGGGUAAACAAAAAAGGUGACAAGACAGUUCCCUGCAGGGCAUACACAGAAUACCUACAAUGUGGUUUGACUAGUUUUAAUACCUGAAUAAUACUUUAAUAAUGUCUAUCAUUGUUUACUCUGGCAUGCUACCCGAAAGUUUUGUGUGAAAAGAUGCUUGUAUCUUCUCACACACUGUAACUUUAAAAUACCAAGCAAUUAACUAGAGUAUUAAUAUUUACAGUUGACAUCUAUAAACCUGUGAACUUUACAAAAAUUCUAUUUUGUUCUUCUAUAAUGUUCUCAGUACUUUAAAUGUACUGUAUUUAUUUCAUGUAGUGGGUAUCUAGGUCCUUGGAUUACUGUAUGUAUUUAUUGAAAACUACUGAUGCUACACUGUACUUGCAUUAACUGUAGCACCUCAUAACUUUUAAAUUACUUCUGAUUAAACUCUUGAGAAGCUCGCCUUCUGCUGAACCUAAAUAAUAAACAUUACGUUAAUGGCUAGA